GGCAUACCAACACAGGCGGUGUAGGUGAUCUUAUUAGCCGUAAAUCACGAAAAGGUCAGAUGGAUUUUAAUCCCACAAGACUUACAAAAACGAAUUGUUCAUACUAAAAUAUGGCAACAGAAUAUACCAAUGAAUUAAUUAUGUAUAUAUACUAACUAAUACGCACCUUUGUUCGAGGGUAGAAUAGUUUUUUAAAACAACCAGGUGAUGUCUCGUUCAAUGUCAGUAUUGCUGGUGGGAGAAGGGAAUUUCUCCUUUUCCGCUGCUUUGUGUAGCUUGCAAGCUCCAUCGCAGAUGAGCGUCACGGCCACUUGUCUGCAAUCGCAGGAGGAGGCACUGCGGCAGGAGGGUGCAUCCAAUAACAUUCAGACCAUCAAGGACUCCGGUGGAAGGGUGCUGUUCGAGGUGGACAGCACAAAGCUUGAGGAAAGUGUGUCCUUGCAAGGCCAUGUCUUUGACCGUGUGGUAUUUAACUUUCCACACUGCGGGAGGAAGAGUGGUGUUAAAAAGAACCGUCAACUUCUUAAAGACUUCUUUCUCAGCUGCAUUCAAGUGCUGACUGAAGACGGAGAGGUCCACAUUUCCCUGUGUAAUGGACAAGGCGGGACGCUGGCUGACCAGCCCAAGCGAGAGUGGCACAACAGCUGGCAGGUGGUCGCUAUGGCAGCAGAGGCGCACCUCAUCCUUAGUGACGUCCGCCCUUUCCAGAGUGAGAAAUACCACAGCUACAAGUGCACCGGAUACAGGAGCCAGGAUAAAGGCUUUCAUUUGGAGAACGCGUUGCUCCAUGUGUUCACUCGCAGCGUCCCCUUCAGUUGCCCUCAAGUGUGUAAAGUGGAGGAAGUUGUUGAAGCACAGAAGGUCCAGUACAACAUACCAGCAGAGCUCAGUGAUUUCAUGUCCAGGGAGUUCCUUUCAUCAGAUUCUGGCCAUCCUGUCAAACUGGUGCAAGACUUUCUAAUCGAAAGGCUACAGGAAAAGUGGGCUGUCACCAUGGCGACACAGACUCCUGCUUUCCUCCUCACGGUUGAACAGCUGCAUACAUGCUGCCCUGAUAUUAAAAACACACUCUGCUACUGGAUUCAUGCCUGCCAGAAAGAGCUGGACUGUGAAGCUUGUAGCUCCACAGAUAAAGAUGGGGGUAAGAAGUGUUCUGACAUCAGGACAAAUUGUGCUAGCUCAAAGCGAAUGGACAAGGUGAGGACUAGUAAGUUAUUAGAUGGGAGAAAGUCACUGUGCUCUCCUGACCCUGAGGGGGACAAUGCUGGUUAUGUGCUGUGUCCGUCACUGCGCCCCCACAUGGAGGAGAUUCUAUCGAAAAAAGGGUGGACUCAUGGAGAGACAGAAGUGGAAGAUAAACAGAGCUUGAAUGGUGUGAAAAGCUUGCUGUUUGGCAUCAGUGGUUUGGUGUUCCACAAUGUUCCUAUCAACCAUUGGGCUCAGCCUGUCUUUCACGAGCUCCUCCUCUGUGGUGUUUUCCUUAAAAAGUAUGAGCCAGCAAAAGUUCUUGAGGAAACUUUGGAGAAGCUGCUAGCUCCCUAUGGUGUCUACAUGGUUACCAAGCAGGAAGGCAUGCAUCUGAUGGCCAAGCCAAUGGGGUUGAUUGGUAAAGUGCUCACAAGUGGCACAAGCAGCCAACUUAGCUUGAGUGUGUCUUUGAAUUUGGACCUCCUGGCUGUGCUCAUGUUCACUCUCCCAGACUGGCGACUACUUUGGUCACAUGACCCACGUUUCUCGAAACAGUUUGAACUCCGCCCGUCACCUGGAACACCUUUCACCCCUUUCUCCCUCUUCCCUGAGCUCUUCAGUUUUGAUAUCAGUUUCUGGACAGGGACGACGUGGGACGAGAAGAAGUUCCAUGCGCUGGUCCGAGAGGUCACCUGUGGGACGGUGGAGCACGUUAAACUCAUUGACAGAUUCUCACAUCCGGACCUGUGCCAGACCAGCUACUGCUACAGACUCGUCUAUCACUCACACACACACGCACUGUCUCACACUCAAGCCCUCCAGUUUCACAAACGCUUGGAGUCAUUACUUUCCUCACGCUUGGAAGUCACAAUCAGGUAGCAGCUAAAUAUUUGUU